UUGACAGAUAAUGUACUGACCCCCUUGUCAUCCAAGAUGUUUGUGUCUUUCUUUCUUCAGUCGUGUGUAUCUUCCACAGAAAUGGACCAAAUUCUAUAUUUCAUUCUUCUUCUCAUUGCUCUCUGCUCCAUAUCUGAAUGUGUUCAGCGUCAGUAUCACUUUAUAAAUGACAAAAAGAACUGGACUGAAGCUCAGAGAUACUGCAGAGAGAAAUACACAGAUCUGGCCACCACUGACAACAUGAACGACAUGAAUGAGCUGAAGAAGAGUAUGGAUGUUAAAGGUGAUCAGUUUGUCUGGAUUGGGCUGCAGAAGACGGGGCGUGAUCAAUGGCAGUGGUCUUCAGGUGAACCUGUGGUCUAUCUGGACUGGCACUAUUCACAACCAGAAGGCAGAGAUUAUUGUGCUAUGAUGAGAGGUGGACAAUGGCAUGAUUUUCCAUGUAGUGCAACCAAUCCUUUCAUCUGCAGUAACACGGGCAGUUGUCGCCACCUCCUGGCAGAAGAGGAUAAGUGUUAUAAUACAUACAAGUUUUAAGAUACAUUCGUUUUGAUCGCUACUGUAGACAAUGUGUUUAUACCCAAACUAUGAAUUUUUAUCCCAGUACUUCUGUUAUCUAAAUGUCUGUAACACAGAAAUAAUGAUUAUAAUGUGGUUGAAAAGACUGUUUGUGUUGCUCUUUCUGGGUUCACAUUUACCCCGACCCUCUGAUUCAUUAACAUGGGCAGCGACAAAACCUGCUUCUCACGCUCCACUGACACUCGCGAUGUGAAACAGUCCUAAUAGACAGAGCUGAAUCGAUGUCAUUCAGGAGUAAGAUUGUGUGGGUGUUUGAAUCGAGAUUUCUAUCUUUUAAGGAUUAAUCGUGCAGCUCUAAUGUAAACACUGCAAAAUGUUUUAUGAGGAUAUUGUCACAUCCCUAGCAAAAGACAAACAGAUUUCCAGCACUUUUUUUUCCAAGAGCUACACAAGUGAGAAAAAAAAGAUGACUAGCUAACGCUAGCAUGCGGUACAAAACUCGGCCAUCAAGUGUCACUGUCAGUAUACAUGAAACCUCUUUAAACCUUAGAAAAUGCAAUUACACAGACUCCAAAAUGACCAACAGUGUCCAGAGUGUCAGAAAUGGCAGGACAACCACAUGCCCCUACAGUGGCAGACGUCUCACCUGUUAGGAUCCAUCAACCUUACUUGACACCACAAUCAUAAAGAUGGGGCGUAGACCUGAGAAAAGAUGGGGAAUCAUCUUUAAAUGCAUGAUUUCACGUACAGUUCACAUUGACAUCCUCAUCAGUAUGGACACAGAUUCCUUCUUGAUGACUUUACGGUCACUUAUUUCAAGAUGUGCAGACCAACUUCAAAGGAGGAGAAAGGGAACUAAAAGUGUUAUUCAGUGCCUUCACCCUGAGUUCCAAGUCCAACUCACUAACCAACAGAUGAGAUUUAUCUUCAAUCCACCCAGUGCACCCCAUUUCGGUGGUUUUGGGAAGAAGUACUGAGAACUGUCUGCAUUGAGAUAGAGGACAUCCUCAUCUCCAAACCCAGUGGCUACACCUCUUUGGACAUUGCCGAUCCAGAUCCAGUGACUCCUAACAUCUUGCUGAUGGGGUGGCGAAAUGCCUCAUUACCACAAGUGGUAUAUCAGGACUCUAAACUCAUAAGCAUAAACUGAGGAAACGACGUAUUGCAGAUGAUCAAACGCUGGCUUCUGAGAUGCAUCUGCUAUCAGGGAUAUUAGGUAAUACAUUAGCUAACAUGAGCUAAUGAAAUUGUGGUACAUAGUGUUACCAUACAAAUGUAUAGGCCUACAGAUUAGCUACAUUUAUUUGCAUCAUUGCAUGUAUCACUAUAUUAUUAACCCUUUGAGCGGUACGGUCCCACAUAUGGGAUUCUAUUUUCUGUGCCCCUGGGAGUACGGUCCCACAUAUGGGAUUUCGAACGUUCGGUGACGUCACGCAACUGCCAAAUUCAAACUGUGUUUUCGGGCGUUGUCUGGCGCUGAGCCAGAGAGAGAUGCGCGCUGCGCUUGUCAUAUAAUCACAAUUGAGCAGUGUUUUCAACGACUUAACGUUUAUUUUAGGUUUCAGGAAUUUAAAUACACAUAAUUACUAGUAAAACAAUACAUUUAGAGUUUGUAAAAUGCACACGGAUGUCUAUGGAAGCAGCAAUAACAAUCCAUUCAAGUAUAAUUUGCCGACGUGUUUAAUUUAUAUCAGAUACACAUAAUGUAAGUAAUGAUAUAAUUCACUCCAUUCCUUUCCCACUUCACCAGCUACUUACUUGCAUGUAUUUCGGGAGAAACUGGUGAAUUUACGUGCUGUAAAUCCGGCUGACAGGACUCUCUGAACGGCAGCGCGAACAAACAUGGCGGCGCCCAUCACACGUCAUAGAUCACGAUCCAGAUCAUUUAUAAAGGUUUUAAAACGGCAAAAUACACUCACUUACACGUAUUCGUGAACCGGAAUAUCAGAUAGUUGAAAACAUGGUAAGCAAGUGUGUGAAUAUUUUGAAUAAAAAAGGAAAAACGAAAUAAAAGCGAUACGUCUGUCAUACAGCGCUAUAGUGGCUGCGGUGUCAAUCAUGACGCGUCGCCAUGGAAACAAUAAAGUGAACGUUCUAAAAUAACGGUCGCCUAAAAAAAACUCACUCUGGGGGGUCAGAUAGAAUAUUUUAAACUCACCAGUGAAAGGGUUAACAUUUUUCUAAAAUCAAGUUCAAAUAUGUUAAAUUUUUGACAAGCAACUGUUUUUUUUCCGUUAUUACCACCGCAUCAGAGGCAUUACUUGCAUCACAAUUCCAUUUUCAUGAACUUACAGAUUAAACAGUUUUCUGUCGCUAUGUGGGCGCUAAGUUUUUUCUGCUAUUUUUCCAAAAUAUAUUAUAAAAGAUUCAGCACUUUGCACAAGCUAUUUGGCAGAGACUCGACAACAAGUGCUAGACUUUUCACGGAGCGUGAAAAAAAGCUAAACGAUUAUCGGACACGAUGACGCAAUGAAAUAAAACAACACAUUCCUAUGGAUACUCCCACAUAGACCGUAAACACCCAUGCACCGAAAAAGCGAAUGUUUUUUUCCCACCAAGUCCAACAAAUCUUUUCAGUUUCACAAAGCAAAACAUGGGCCGUCAAACAAGAUUUGAACAUUAUAUCACGUGGCCACAACAACUGCUGUUGCACAAAAAGGACAGAGAGGUGCCACUGUUUUGAAAACCAGUGUAAACAAGCACAGAAGAGGAGCAUUCUGACAGAGAUGAUUAUGUGUUCUUGUUGUCAUUUUAUCUGAGAACAGAUACGCUGCACGAUACGCUGCCUCAGGAACACACUGGAGACACGGAGAAACAUUAAACAGACUUUAAUAAACAAACACAAGGGAUAAUCCACGAAAGAGGCUUAGCAGACACACAAACACAACAAGUAGACCCGACAGUGACAAAGUGCAAAGACAGGAACUUAAAUACACAGGAUAAUUGGAAACACAGGUGCAAGGGUUUGAUUCAUAAUCAAACUAAAUGUGAACAGGAACUUGAACAAAUACGGAAAACAGGAACUGAAACAGUGGCAAAACAACACAAAACAGGUCCAUAGUCUUGACAUAUCGCCCCCUCUCAGAGACGUCCACUCGCUGUAAAUAACAGAGGAAGGCAUAGACAGAACCUUGGGAGGAGGACGGACAUCUGGGAGGAGGAUGACGAACAGAGUCCUGGGUGGAGGCGAUGGAGGGAGGAGCCAGGGAGACGACACGAAAGAGCAGGGCAGACCAGAUGGAGGGAGGAGCUCGAGGUGGAGACAGAGAGCCAAUGAGCCAGUGUGACGAGGAUGAUCCGGAGGGCCGAGGUGGAACAUAUGGCUUUGAAGACCAAGACGGAGGCGUGGACCCAGGAGACCGCGGUGGAGCUGGAGCAACAGAGGACCAAGGUGGAGCCAGAAGGAUGGAGGAGCCUGAUGAAGCCAGAGGAGUGGAGUCCCGUGGCAUAGGAUGGAUAACGACAGCCCAAGGCUGAGCUGGAAGGACGAGGGAGCCCGGUGGAGCCAGUGGACUGUGGACUGCUGGAUUUUUUCCCACCACCAUGUCCCUCUGGGGGCUCCAUAGGGGACUCUGUAUAAUCAUAACAGUGUAGGGGCAAAAUUAAAACAAGCUAAAAUCGCUAAUGGGCUGAUCUAGGAAAUAACUUCAAAAUUUCUCAGGAUCCUUUAGAUCAAAGUUAAAAUUAAUUAAAAUUAUUUGGUCACUGUAACGACCCAACUUAUAGGGACCAACAUAAAAGGAAGUCGAAAACAAAUUGUGAUGCAGGGCAAAAAAAAAAAAAAAAGUUUA